AUGGUUCAAGCCACAGCGGCCGCUUUCCUCCCGCUCGCCCUGCGUGCCUUCUCCUUCCACCCGCCUCUCCGCUUUGCCAUCCUCGACCCCACAGCUCUCGCCCUCAGGCAAACUGCUGCCUCCCUGCUGCUCUCCCCAGAAGCUGUGUGCCUGGCAGGCCGAGGCUUGUGGGAGGGGCUGGGUGCGGUUGAGGGGGGUAUAAAGGGAGAAGCCAGGGUGGGAGAGAGUGGGGAGUGCAGCAGUGCGAGUGUGUUUUGGAGGGUGGCACUAGUAGCAGUGCAAGACCCCUGUUGGGAUGUGCAGCUGUCGGCUCUCCGAUCCCUCUCCCACCUCCUUGCCUCCCCUCGCUUGCUCGCGCAGCUGCUGCCACCGCUCCAGACCGCGCCUCACCGCAGCAGCCACAGCAGCGAGGGCGGAGUGGGGGCGGUGCUGCUGGCAGUGGUGCAGGGGGUGCAGCAGGAGAGGCGGGCACAGGGGCGGGACGAGAUGCGGUGCCGGCGGCUGCUCAAGGUGCUGCUGCCUGCCCUCUCCCUGCCCUCCCUGCAGCCCCUCCUGCUGCCCCUGCUACCCCACGCCCUGCAGCCCGCGGAAGCACCACUGCCAGGGACAGCAGAGCAGAGGCAACCUGGAGGCCCCUCCGACAUGCCCGACAGCACUGCAGCUGGGAGCGAUAGGAGCGGAGGUGCAGCGCUGUGGGCGGUGGUGCUGGAGGUGUUUGAGACAGCACGCGUGCUGAAAACGAGGGAGGCGGCGCUGAGGUGCCUGGGGCACUGCUUCCUCCUGCUGCUCUCCCACCAUGGCCGCCUGGAUGGGUGUGGACUGGAGCAGCAGCAGGAGCAGGGAGGUGCCUGGCAGCAGGAGGGCGCGAAGCAGUCAAUGGAGGGGGUGUUGACUUCAGGAGACUUUUCCCUGGGUCAGGGCCGAGGUACGGGGAACCUGCUGCAACUGGCUGCCACGUGGCUGCAGCUGAUUGGCGAGCAGAGCGCGGCACACCGGCCGGUGAGUGUGCGGCGGGCGGCAGCAGAGGCGGUGGUGUCGUCAGGACUGCUGCUGAAGGUGGGUAGAGUGGGGCACGUGCUGCGCUGUGAACCACAUGUAGUGGAAGGAGAGGAGGGAGAGGAGGGUGGGGAGGGUGGGGAAGGAGGAGAGGGUGCGGUGAUGGAGUAUGCAAGGGUGGUGGUGCGCACAUGGCUGACAGUGAUUCGCGUGAUGGAGGAUGAGGAUGAGACGCUCCGCAAGUCCCUCGCCACUGCCGUCCUCACCAUCACCACCACUGCCGCUGCUGGCACCGCACACCCACACGCCCCAUCCACUACAGCAGCAGGGCAGGUGUCAUCUUCCUUUGUGCCAGCGCAGGUGGAGCGAGCAGUGGAGGCAGCUUUGGCACACGUGUCGCUGUGCCUACGUGCUUGCCCGCCCGCCCUGCUGCCCGCACACCUGGCUGCAUGGGUGCUGCACCCCGACUUGGUCUCCCCCUCGGGCUUUCAGCGCCUCACUGCCUUGGACCGCCUGGGAGAUGAGCUGGUGGGUGAGGAAGAUGAGGAGGAGCAGGAGCAGGAGGAGGAGGAGAGUGGAGCGGAGAGUGAGAGGAGGGAUGGGGAAACGAGGGCAAGUGCAGAAGCAGCCGCAAGAGAAGGAGGAGUAGUAGCAACAGUGGCAGCAGGGCGGGCGGUGCCGGGGUUUGUGCGGAGGCUGUUUGACCGGGAGGUGGAUAACCACCACGAGGAGCCGCUGCUGCUCGCUCACCUCUGCUGCCUGCACCUGCACCAAGCGCUGCAGCACUGCCCGCCGUCCCCCGCCCUCCUCAUAACAAUCUCCACCUUGAAACUGGUCUUUGCGAAAAGGUUUUUCACCGAGGCUGCCCAAGCUGCCCGGCUGUGCAAGUCGAUGAAAUGGGUGGGCGGGCCGACGUUUCACCAGGAUUCUUUUUCUGCCCUGAUCCGCCCGCUGCUGGGGUUGUGGGCGCUUAGCAAAGUGUCGUUCGCAGGAGCUGGGCGUGUCGAGUGUCUUGCACUGGGUUGGAGAAAUAAUAGCAGAGAUGAGUGUGAAAAGGAGAGUGUCGAGAGCAGCAGUGGGGAUGGGACGGCGUGCGACGUCAUGGCUCCGAUUGUCGCCCGGGACUCCGUUCGCGUCGCCGUGCGACAAAUACUCGUCGUCGCGCUGCUUCUUGCGCUAUCGCUCGCGGCAUCGCCAAUCAUGGUCGCUGCUAACGCGUCAGCAGCUGACGGGACACAGCAUUCACCCGCAGAAAGAGCGGAAGCGGCUUCCGCAGCAGCGCAACCAGCGGACGCGGAGGGAGCAGGCGCAACCGGCGCAGCAGCGGAAUCUGCAGCGGGCUCACCAGCGGAAGCGGUGUCGGAAGCGGCAGUGGCGGCGGAUCCCGAGCCGUACAGCGAGAGAUUCGGACCCUGUACCAGGACAGCUAAGGCAUGGAGGGCGUGGCGGUGA